GGUUACCCUGCCCCUCCCGCAGCAGGGACGCCAUGGAGGGCUCCCUGCACCGCGUCUCCUUUGGGAACCAGCACGCCCGCCGGGACCUGUCCUUCUACCUCUCCACCUUUGGUCAGCUGAAGCUGUCGAUUGACACCAAGGACCGGGUCCUGCUGCUCCACAUCAUAGAAGGGAGAGGCCUGAUUAGCAAAGAGCCCGGCGUCUGUGAUCCCUAUGUGAAGGUUUCCUUGAUCCCUGAAAACAAUCGAAUGCGCUUUCAGAAGACGCAGACCAUUCCAGACUGCAGAAACCCUGCUUUCCAUGAACACUUUUUCUUUCCUGUCCCUGAAGAGGAUGAUCACAAGCGUCUUCUGGUUACCGUGUGGAACAGGGCCAGUAAGACCAGGAAAUGUGCACUCAUCGGCUGCAUGAGCUUCGGGGUGAAGUCCCUCCUGGCUCCGGAUAAGGAGGUCAGUGGCUGGUACUACCUUCUGGGGGAGGACCUCGGUCGGACCAAGCACCUGAAGGUGGCCAGACGGCGGCUGCGGCCCCUGAGAGACCCGCUGCUGAGAAUGCCAGGAUGUGGGGACCCCGACAAUGGGGAGGAAUUCGAGAUCACCAUCCCGAGGGGCAAAGACGGCUUUGGCUUCACCAUCUGCUGCGACUCUCCAGUCCGAGUCCAGGCUGUGGAUUCUGGAGGCCCGGCAGAGCGGGCAGGGCUGCAGCAGCUGGACACGGUGUUGCAACUGAAUGAAAGGCCGGUGGAGCACUGGAAAUGUGUGGAGCUGGCACAUGAGAUCCGGAGCUGUCCUGGUGAGAUCAUUCUGCUGGUGUGGCGCAUGGUUCCCCAGAUCAAGCCUGGGCCUGAUGGUGGGGUCCUACGGCGGGCCUCCUGCAAGUCAUCGCAUGACCUCCAGUCACCCCCCAACAAGAGGGAGAAGAACUGCACCCACGGCGCCCAGGCACGACCGGAGCAGCGCCACAGCUGCCACCUGGUGUGCGACAGCUCAGAUGGGCUGCUGCUCGGUGGCUGGGAGCGCUACACGGAGGUGACCAAGCGCGGGGGCCAGCACACCCUACCUGCGCUGUCCCGCGCCACUGCCCCCACCGACCCCAACUACAUCAUCCUGGCCCCGCUGAAUCCUGGGAGCCAGCUGCUGCGGCCUUUGUACCAGGAGGACACCAUCCCCGAAGAAUCAGGGACUCCCAGUAAAGGAAAGUCCUACACGGGCCUGGGGAAGAAGUCCCGGUUGAUGAAGACAGUGCAGACCGUGAAGGGCCACGGGAACUACCAGGACUGCCCUGUCCUGAGGCCGCAUGCCACGCACUCAAGCUACGGCACCUAUGUCACCCUGGCCCCCAAAGUCCUGGUGUUCCCCAUCUUUGUACAGCCUCUAGAUCUCUGCAACCCUGCCCGGACCCUCCUGUUGUCGGAGGAGCUGCUGCUGUACGAGGGGAGGAACAAGGCUACCCAGGUGACGCUGUUUGCCUACUCGGAUCUGCUGCUCUUCACCAAGGAGGACGAGCCUGGUCGCUGCAGUGUCCUGAGGAAUCCCCUCUACCUCCAGAGCGUGACGCUGCAGGAAGGUUCUUCAGAAGACUUGAAAUUCUGUGUGCUGUAUCUAGCAGAGAAGGCAGAGUGCUUAUUCACUUUGGAGGCGCACUCGCAGGAGCAGAAGAAGAGAGUGUGCUGGUGCCUGUCGGAGAACAUCGCCAAGCAGCAACAGCUGGCAGCGCCGCCCCCGGGGAGGAAGAAACUCCACCCUUACGGCUCUCUCCAGCAGGAGAUGGGGCCAGCCAACUCCACCAAUGCUACCCAGGAUAGAAGCUUUACCUCAUCAGGACAGACUCUGAUUGGCUGAGCAAGCCCAAGGGCGGGACUCUGCUUCUGGCAACUUAACCCUUUCUGGGGCGUCCCCUACCACACAGUAACCUCACCUCAACUGGACCCAAAACAGAGGACCAAGAUGGUGGGCCUAGGGUCAUCUGAAGGGAGCAGUCCCGAGGGUAUGUGUGGACUGGCAACAGGAGCAGUGGCGCCAGAGGCCCCCGGCGCAUGUGCAGACCAGUGGCAGGAGGCCCAGAUGGAGAAGACUCGGAAGCUCAUUCCCUCCAAGGAGAAGGAGACUAAACGGCAUCCGGGCACCUGCGCCGAGGUCGCCCUGGUGGACAAGGUGGACCCUCUGCGGCCAGAAGGUGCCUCUACCCAGUCACUCGUUUUCAUCUGGACACAUUCCUGUGUUCAUUCAUUGGAUAUCUGGGGACAUCUCCUCUGUGCCAGGCUCUGUGCUAGGAGCUUGGGGGGUACUAUGGAGAACCAGGUGGAUGUGGCCACUUCUCUUAUCCAGAUUCUAGUCCUAGCAGGGAAGGAACCUUAAAUAAAUCACCGCCAACAGGAGCUCACAGCUGGGAGAGUCUGUGCAGGAAGCUAACGAAUGCCUCUAGAGGGCGUUGUGUCCAGAUGGCUCUGCAGGGACAGGAAAGUGGAGGGCAAAGGAAUAAGCCAGCCAAGGUCUGAGAGCAUGGUCCAGGCCGAAGGCGCAGCUUGUGGAGGACUCCUACCGUGGGAGCGUGGAGUGCUGCCCCUAGUGGUGAGGGCCAGCCUGGGCAGGACUUAGGCAGUGUUUUGUCGAUUUCAUUCUAGAUACAGUGGGAGCCAUGGAGGGCUUUUGAGGAAGGGAGUCAGAGCCUCAGGUACAUUUCUACAAGGUCAGAUUGUGGAUAGUGGGGCCCAAGAGGACGUAUGAGGUCAGUUAGGGGUCCCUUCAGUCCUCUGGGUGAGGGACGAUGGUUUGUCCUGGAGGGUGACUGGGGUGGUGGGGUGGGCAUGUGAAUGCCAGGUUCUAGGAUGAGAAGAGAUGGUUCCCUGCCCCCCGCCCCUGCCCACCACCCGCCCUUAUCUUCCAGCACAUCUUGUUUUCUCAGUGGUGUGAGCCAGGUUUGGAACCUUCCUCAGAAAGCUGCCUGCUGGCCAGGCCUGGGCUGAAUUCUUGAGCGUUCCUGGAGGUGGGACCAGUGAUGCUCAGCCUGGCCAAGGUGGGAAGGUUCAAAGCCCCCAGACCUUGGCAGGGAUUGCCCGUGCAGCCCCUCCAUCCUAUGCUGAGUGGUCUCAUGGGAAACUGGAACCCAGCUCUGGACAUGCUUGGUUUGCUUUCUGUAGAGCUCCUAAGGGUCAGGGACUACAGGCUGGGUGUGGCUCAGGGACUCUCAUAGACUGUCCUAGAAGACUCACUGAGGGGCAAUGAUGGGAGCCCAUCCUGGGGGCUGCCUGCCACAGCCCCUGCUGGAGCUCAGGGUGAGGCAGCUCUCAUACCCCUUCCUAUGCCAAGGUCACAGGUCUGAGGGACAACACUCCUGUACAAAAGGGUACGUGUAAGACCAGCAUCAUUUGUGAAGGAAAAGGGAACCGAGAGGCUGGAGAUAUGGCUCUGGCCAGAGAAGCCCCUGCCCUUGGAUACUCUCUGUGUUGUCAGUGUCUUUAGAGAAGGUUCCAGUGCCCUUGUGAGUUUGCACAGCUGCUGUGGCCACCUGAAUCCCCAGAUUGGUAGCUUAGAAGAGGAUAUGCCCCUUACCUUCCAUGUACCCUCUUCCCAGUGUAAGGAAGAGCAGACGUGCUGAAUCAGCAGCCUACUGGGGGGUGGGAUAGAUCUGCUGGUGACCAAGCUAAUGCCCCUGCCCAGGAGGGAGACAGAYGCUGCCUGGACUGGGAUACUCAGCACCUCUGCCAGCCAGGGCUCGGCCCGCAGGGCGAAUGGAGCAGGGAGCAGCUGGGUCUGCACAGACAGCAAGCUGCACUUUGAUUUCAUUUGAUUCCCUCACAAAAUGACAUUAAGAGGAAUGGGAGGCACGAGAGAAUCGCCUGUCUGGGAAGGCAGCAGGCUUGUCUCCYCUGGGCCUGGUGACCCAGCUCUGUCCAGCAGACAGGUGCAGAGGACAGGAGCUCUGACCACAGAGAAAUGGAGACUCUGAACACAGUACCCAGCCCCCGGCCGAGGCUUGCCUUCCAGCUUGUCCUGAUGAGCUCAUAGGCGGAGCAUGCUCCCAUCCGGGUCCAGGGCGGGGAARCGGACCUGUGCUGCUGGUGGGCCUGGGCUGCCCAGCGACUGCGGUGAGCCACAGUGCCAUUGCUGCUCUGCCUUGUGAAUCGAUGCAACAAUUAAUUUGGCUCCAUGGGCUCCAGAAGAUGAAAUAUGACCUGGUGGCCACCGCUCUUCAGCAUCCCAGUCCAUCCCAGCCGUUCAAGAUGGUGCACAGCUAUCCAAAUCACAUCUGAGAGUCAUAAUCACGGGAAACGUGGCCGGCCCCUCCCCACCACAUAAAUCACGCUAAGAAGCACACAAUGGCCUCUUUCCUGAUGGGCCAAUUGUCUUGGUUUGGUGUCUUGGGCCCAGGAGCUGGGAGCAUGGGAGCACAACCAUUUAUUGUUGAAAAGGCCAUCUGUGUCAUUUGAAUACAAAGUGACCCUUUUAGUUCCCCCACACACCCUCUGAUCCUGUUUCAUGGUUUCUUAGGUCUCAGGCUCCGGGUCUUUUGAAACACUCAUCUCUCCUGUAAGCUAUCCUGCCCGGGUCUUUGAGCCCCUUUAGGA